UUUUUUUUUUAGUUUAGGCCUAAAUACCACAUUUUAGCUUUGACAACUUGUGCAUAUGCGCAGAAAGGGUAGAAGAAUAUAUUCAUCUCUCAAAUUUUGUUCUAUUCCAUCCAUUGUUUACCACAUCACAUGUUCCUAAGUCAAGGCGUAUUUCUGAGAGAUUUAGAGGAUCACAGACAGAUGACAACGGACAGAUGACAACAUGACAAUUCACCCCAAAAAUAAAAAAUAAGAUCGCGUUGAAGGCUUAGUCUUAGAGUUUCUCUCGGCAUUAAAAUGCGAAAUUAAAAACCUUUAAAUACAUAGAAAGGUGUCUGUACCAGUUGAGUAAGAAAACUUGCUUGGUUCAGGAUAUGACACUUGCAUAGAAUUCUGUGGUCCCAUAAUUGGAAUCUUGGGAUCAAAAACCUAUUAAUGGCAAAUAUGUACCAACAGUUUUAGGGAAGAGUACCGUGUAUCAGAAACUCUCGCCCGAGAUGAAAUAAAAUAUACAUAUGGUUGUCUGGCUUAAACAUUACAUCUAUACUGAAAGUUUGAAGGUUAAUUCACUUUAUUGAUUACCACAUGAUGUUUAUUUGUCUUACACACUGUAUUAAUUAAGUGGGGAUACAUAUUGAUAAUUAAUCACAGUGAACAAAAGAAAAUAUGUAAAGCAGUAUUCGUAUACUGUACAUAACAUAGUUAUCGUGAUGGACCCAGGAUAUCACUAGCGGUUAUGUGGAGUCUUAAGGGUUUUUCUCAAUAUUGAAGUAGAAUUAAAUUUUGAAAAGUAUCUAAAGAAAAUUCCUGGGUUGGAUUUGAGGACAGACAGGUAGGGACUUGGUUGGAAUAAUGUUUACAUCGCAUCGGUCGAAUCAACUUGGAAACCAAUGAAGUACUUAUGUCUCUAUGACUAAAGAAGAUGUAUAACUAAGUUUUAAAUAUAUCUCAUUUUGAUUUCAAGUGCCUAUAUGUAUAUGAUCCAGUUUUCAUUCAUACAAGAUCAAAAGUUGCUCUCGGUGUUACCCUUGCUGGUAUGGGAUGUUGAAAAGGUGUUAUCUAUUUCUGAAAAUAUUGAUAAGAAUGAUAAUACAUAUAGACUUGUAUCUACAUCAUACCCAACACACAUUGGGACAAGGCGGGAUAAUUCUAAUAAAUGGUGAUAAUAAAUAAAAUCAUACUAUUUAUUUUGUUUUCAGGAUUUUCAGUAUUCAAAAAUGGAAUUCCCAUUAGAAGAAGAAGGUGUGUACAGUUUUAACGAUUUUGUAUUGCCCUCGCCGUCGCCGCUGGGUGAUGAGGAAGAGCAAAUUUCUAGGCCUUCGUCUUCAAAGGACAGGUCUGUAUAUGGGUACGAGCGCAUGACUCCUAAACCCCCUGCUUACCACAGUGAUGCCACAAAUCAUCAAAUAGAUCACGUGAAGAGACCACUCUCCAAGGGCACACGUUCACAUUUAAUGUCACCCGAAAGAUCCAAGGUUUCCUGCUGUCGUCCACAGACUGGAUCUGACAAUGCGUCUGACACAAGUCAGGAGAUUCAGCCAAGUCUAUCAUCGAAAAUGUCGAACUCCAGAAUCUUCGAUUCUCAAAACCCGAGUUUGAGCCACAUUAGAGCAGAUGUUAACGAAGGUAUUGAUAUUCUGAACAAGCCUAAACUAGUGAAUGGUGGUCCUCAUCAAAGUUCAGAGAGAAAUAGCUGUUCUUUGGAUGCAACAAAAAAGGGCAUUUGGAGUGAGAGUGAAAAUAAGGAGACAAGCCCGAUUUCUCCAGAGGAUCGAAACUUUUCUGAAAACUCCAAAAUGGAAGUCUUGUCCAAGCUGAGCGAUGAGACUCUGGUUCACAACUGUCAGUCCAAUACAGAAAAUUUCGACUUGAAAUCUUCAAGUUCAACGAGCAUGGAUUCCUUCAGCGAAAGACGUGUUAAUGGUCAAGAGUUUGGCUUUCUAAAAGACCCUACACCAUCCACCAUCAAUAUUUCUAUGCAUGCUGUACCCAAAAAGCCAAGAACCACUUCUGCAAUCUAUAGCAAUGUUGUAAAGCAAAAACCCUACCGCUCGUGAGUCAAAAUUGGAAGUCAGAUCACAGAAGAGGAAGACGAAUACGCAUGUGAAAUCAACACAAAUAAUGAUUUCAAUGCAAGAAGCACUGUGAAUCUCAGAGUGCCGAAAAGUUCUGACGAUCCCGGAGAUCUCCAAUCAAAAGAGUGUUUCGAGAGCGAUGAGGAUGCAACCCCAGAUAAUUCUCACCACGUGGCCCCAAACAUAGAAAACAUAUAUAAGCCGGCCGAAUUUAAUGGAAACUUUGCCCAUAUGUUAGAUGUUAGUGAAACAAAACUAGCAAUGCGGCAUCAUGAAGACAGUAAAAACGAGAGGUAUCAUGUUAAUAUUUGCGAAGAAUUGCAAAUACCCAUGGUCGAAGAGAUAAAGAGCGGGGAACAGAAACAGGCCAAAACAAAAGAGACAACUAUUUCCUGUGUACCUGUAGUUAAGAAUCAUGGGGGUAAAAAAAAUAGCCACAAAUCAAAGAAAGAAAAUGAAACCAAAAGAGAAACUGAAACUGCUGCAGUCAAAUCCCUAGCUGGGCGAAACGCUUACGAUGAGCAACAACGCGCCGAAUUAAAGAGACGCAGCGGAAAAAGAUCAAAAACAACAUUGAAAAGGAUAGGAAAACUUCCUCUGAGAUUAUCACUGAAACAAACAUAAAAAAGAAGAUGAAAAAGCAGUCUGCAGAGGACAAAGGAAGUCUAUAGUAACCUAUAGCAAUGCUCGUAAAACGCUACAUGUGAGAAUGGAAUCUGAAGCGAGUGAUUUGUGCUCGGAAAAAGAUCAAGCCAGGAUUGUAGAACACCCAAAGGAAAACUUCAGCUACGAGUAUGAAGAUGAUUUUGAAAGCGACGAUGAGAUUAAAUCAUCCAUGAGCAACGCUAAGCAGGCGGGUAUCAGAAAUAUUACCAUUCCGUCGUCUUCAAAUACAAAAACCCCAAAAGAGGCCAUGCUGUGGGAAAGAAGAAAUCAUAUGCUGAAAAGUCUCAUCGCACAAAAGUUCCUCCGGGACCCAAGGAACUCGUAUCAUCCAAGGAAAGCGCCUUCGCUCUACCCAAAAUUGUUGGUGUUGAAUCUACAGAACCUUUAAGUAAACAGCUCCGUUAUGCAAAAGAUAAAAAGCCGCACGCUCAAGGAACAAAAGAACUGUGCCUUCCACCGAUAGAAUUAAACAAUUUUGUAAUUACAAAAAUUCCUAUGCGAACAAGCUCAAAAGAAAAAAAUUACACUAUUGAGGCUCAAAAUAUGUUGGCAAAAGAGAAGUCAUUGGAGACUUUCAACAGACGAUCACAAUACCAGGACCAGUCUGCACAUAGUGGAAUGGCCUAUUCCCGACGUAAGUCAAGUGUUCGAAGGAAAUCCAGCGCUAGAUAUGAUCGCGACAUACUGGAGAACCGUGCCAGAGCCCCUUUAUUUGACACGCAGAGGGAUGAAGAAGUGAAAGUGAAACUUCCCAAACUAUGAUUCAAUGUUGGGGUAGCUAAAUUCAUUUCCUAGUCAAUAUGAUAUGUCGACUUGUCAUUAAGAUCUGUUAAAGCUGUCAUGAAUUCAUCAAUACUUGUAUAGUAAAAUUGUUUAUGUCCGCUUAUCCGCCAAUAUUGUUAUAUGUAUCAGGGUUUGCAUGGUAUAUAAGUUUUUCUUCGCUUUAUUUCACAUCAGUUGUUCCGAUUUAGCUGUGCGGGUAGCCUCGACAGGUAUUGUACUGUAUUGUUUAUUUCCAAAAGCAGUACUGAAAAUACAUGUAACAUAAUUAUAUUACAAUACUAACAUCAAUGAAAAAGACAUCAAUAAGUUAUAAUAAAAAUUUUUAAGCAUAAAAUAGAGCACGUGUCUCAAAUAUAAAGGACAUAUUUAUUGAUACAUUGAGGAUAAACCUCUUUAUGUUGUGGCCUCUGAUUUCAGUUUACAAGCUUUAUACAAAAAAUUCCCCAAAUUAUUCAUAACACUUGUAUUUGUAUUUGAGUACUACUGUAAUAAUUUAUACAUUGACCAAUUUUCAUAAUAAUAUUUAUCAAUAUAUAAUUUUCUUAGUUUUUCAUAUAAAAGACAAAUAAAUAUAAAAUGAUAUUCGUCUUCAAUAUCUCUAAUUGUACAUAAUUUACACGUUCUGUUACACUCAGGUAACCGUAUAUCAAAAUAUCUCUCUUUCGAUUUCCAGCUUAUGAAAGGACAAUCUAAAUUUACUUAAAGGUAACAUGUUCAUCUACAAUACUAAGGUAUAGGACAUCAAAAAGAAAUGAAAUCACGAUUUAGAACACCAUGCAGUGUUGAAAAUUUUAAGUUACAGAUGAAGUUCGAAUUGGGUUUCGGUCCCUUGAUUUUCACCAAGUUAUGGCCCUUGGGUUUAGAAAAAUAGCAAGAAUUAACAGUUUUCCACACUUUUUCUCUCUCUUUUCUUGCAGAUAUUUAUUUCAUAUUUAGUACAUUGCUCUGCCAUAACAAAUUACAGAUCAAGUUCGAAUUUGGUUUCCAUCCAUUGAUUGUUCACUAAAUUAAGGCCCUUGGACUUGGAAGAGUAGUAUGAAUUAUCAGUUUUCACACUUGUUUUUUUUAUGUUCUUGCAGAUAUUUAUUUUCUAUAUAGUACAUUGCUUUGGCAUAACAAGCUACAAAUCAAGUUUAAGGUAACUCCACCCUUCUAGAAUUAUAGGCUCAAUCUUAUAUG